CCUUAAACCAGUACAAGUGGUUUCUUCUUCUUCAUCAUCGUCUCUCUCCGAAAAACAACCUUUACGCCAUCGUUGACGUCUCAGAUGAUCCAACAACCUUCUCACCACAGGUAAACCCCUAGCUUAAUCGAACUUUCCUCGAUCUGUUUGAUCCUCUUAUCGAUUCGCCACUCGAGAUCACCUCUAGGUUUUGUUAGAUCUGUACUAGCAAAAUGGAUUUUCCAGAGAAUCUACCAGACAUGGGAAGAUUAGAGCAGAUCGUAUCUCACUUCUUCCCCAAGGCACUCCACAUCAUCCUCGACUCCAGAAUCCCUUCCUUACAAUCCCGCGUCGGCGUCCGUUCCCGCGACCGCCCUAACCUCAAAAAGAGCGAUAAAUGGUUCAAUCUCGUCAUGGGAGACCGUCCCGCCGCGCUGGAGAAACUGCAUUCUUGGCAUAGGAACGUAUUAGACUCAAUGAUCAUCGACAUCAUCCUCAUCCAUCCCAACCACGACGACGAGACUGUGAUCGAGCGGUGGGUUGUUCAAUACGAGAACCCGCUAAUCAUGUCUCCUCAGAGCUCAGAUCCUCGUUACCAGAAGGUUUACAAGAAAGCCAUCAUCCUCCUCCGCUCUCUCCACGCGCAGACUCGCCUUCUCCCCGCCUACCGAGCCUCCAGGCAGCUCAGCUCCUCUCUCGCUUCCUCCUCCUCUUCAGGUUACGAGAUGGUCUACAAGGUUUCGUCUUUCAGCGACGUCUUCUCUCCUCCCGUCACUGAGACCAUGAAAGAGUUCCGCUUUACCCCCGUCGAAGUGCCUCCGGGGCGUCUCUGCGUUUCUGUUACUUACCGUUCAGACUUGUCUGACUUCAACCUCGGAGCUCACAUCACUCUGCCUCCCAGGAUUAUAACCGAUUACGUCGGGAGCCCCGCGACGGAUCCUAUGAGGUUCUUCCCUUCUCCAGGGCAGAGCUUUGAAGGUGCUUCUUUUCAAGGUAGACGGCGGCCUCCGUUGACUACUGAACGUCCGCAUAGCUGGAGUAGCGGCUUUCAAAGACCUCCUACGCCGAACCAGUCUUUCUCCCCUCAGUUUUCACCUGAUUUUUUCCACUCGUCACGUACUGAUGGUGGUUAUGGUUAUGGUGGUGACAGUCAUCACCAGCUUUCGCCUCCUUUUUCGCCGUCGGGUUCUCCUUCUACUCCGAGGAGGAUUAGUGUGAGGCCUGGAACUGCUCCAGUGACCAUUCCUUCUUCGGCUACGUUCAAUAGAUACGUUUCGUCAUCGUCUAACUUCUCUGAGCCGAGUAGGAAUCCUCUCCCUCCUUUUUCCCCUAAAAGCACCAGACGCUCCCCUUCCUCGCAGGACUCUUUGCCUGGGAUUGCUUUGUACAAGAGUUCCAGAAGCGGAGAGUCUCCUUCUGGUGGAUUAAUGAACCACUACCCUGGCCACAAGCUGACGAAGGACAGCAAAUAUGAUUCAGGCCGGUUCUCUGGACUGCUGUCUUCAAGUGGCUCACCAAGAUUCGGGUUUUCUAGGAGCCCCAGUAGAUUAUCUUCCCAAGACGAUUUGGAUGACCCUGAUUGCUCAUGCCCUUUUGAUUUCGAUGAUGUUGACGAGUCUGGACUUCAGUACAGCCAAAGUCUUGACCGGAGGAAAACUUCAAGCUCUAUAUCACAGUCGCUACCUAUAGGGAGGAAGUCACAGGACGCAGCGGUUGGAGUCCUGGUUCAGAUGCUAAAGACAGCACCGCCAUUACGACAAGACUCGAGCACUUACAUGGCGUCAAUGUCUGGGGUUCAGAGAGAAGGCACAGAAUCUGAAUUUUCCAUGGCUCGAAGUACAUCAGAUGCGCUAGAGGAACUGAGAAAUUACAAGCAGCUCAAAGACUUGCUUCUCUCCAAAUCCAAGAGUUUUGGUGGUGAGACUCGUGUUCACUGAGCCAAAACCAAAAGAGCAAUCAAAGUUAUUGAGUUAAUAAUCUGAUGACUGUUUGUAAAUAUGGAUUUGAUGACUGCUACUUUAGCUCAUGUUUUAGUUUCUGUUAAAUAACCUUUGAGAAAAAAGAAAAAAAAAAGAGUUUGUAAAAUGACUUACCUUUCAAUAUGUACAUAAGUGUACUAAUAAAGUUUGAAAUCUUUUCAUUUCAA